AUGGGGUUCUCUCCAGGGCCUACGGAUCCUUUCUACGAGCUCAUGCAGCCGCCGCUGGAUGAGACACCUGCGCAGAAGACAGCGCGUCAGAAACGGGAAUUGGAUGCACAGCGCGUGAGCGACCAAAUUGACGAAGACAUCAAACAGGAGCGCGCGAGAGCGAAGAAAAACAAGAGUGUGGUGAAGGUGCUGUUGUUGGGCCAGUCGGAGAGCGGAAAGUCAACGACCCUCAAAAAUUUUCGCAUGAGGUUUGCCGCUGCGGAGUGGGAGAAGGAGCGUCAUGGCUGGCGGUCAGUUGUCCAGCUCAACGUUGUCCGUUCCAUCAUCACCAUUCUCAAAGUGAUUGAGGCCGAGAUGAACGGGGACGUGCCUGCAGACUCGGAGGACGACCAGACUAUGCUCAACGAGGCUAACGGAGUCGAAUCCAUGAAAUUUACCGAUCGCCACCAGCUCUUGAUGAUCAGGCUGGCGCCUCUCAUUGGCGUCGAGGCAGAGCUGAAACGUCGCUUGGGCGCAGGUUCUGAGCCUGUCCCAUCCAUUGCACCCAUGGCGGCGACUCCCUUCGAAGCACCAGAUGUCGAGAACAACGUCCGACGGAAGCCCGAGUUUUACGUCAGGUCGUGGAAGGACGUGCUGGGAGAGGGAUCCUCAAACCCGAAUAUCGAUUCGAGCGCAGCAACCAUCGCUGAUUGCAAAGAUGACAUGAAGGCCUUAUGGGAAGACAAAGCAGUCCGCUUGGCUCUAAAGCGGCGGAGACUUCACUUGAACGACACGGCAGGCUUUUUUCUGAGCGACCUGGACCGCGUUGCGUCGCGGGACUACGCUGUCACUGACGAUGACAUCGUGCGGGCGCGUCUGAGGACCGUUGGGAUCCAGGAGUAUCAGCUGACCUUCAAACAUGGCCCUUGGGACAAUCCGAAGUCGGGGAAAGAGUCGGGAUGGGAAUGGCGAAUUUUCGACGUAGGCGGUUGCCGGACGAUGCGGGCCGCCUGGCUGCCUUACUUUGAUAACGUCAAUGUCAUCAUUUUCCUCUCCCCCGUCUCAGUUUUCGACCAGCGGCUGGAAGAAGACCCAAAGGUCAACCGCCUCGAAGACUCGAUCAUUCUAUGGACAUCCAUCUGCUCGUCGAAGCUUCUGUCAAAAACACAGCUUAUUCUAUUCCUCAAUAAGUGUGACUUGCUCCGGCGCAAGCUAAAACGAGGUGUCAAAGUCAAUCAGUAUCUUCCAAGCUUCGGCGAUCGUCCAAACGAGGUCAUUACCGUCGUCAAAUACCUUCGCGAAAAGUUCAAGGAUCUUCAAAAACAACACUCGCCAGAACACCGGUCCGUGUAUAUCUACCCAACAACAGUCACGGAUACAACCGCGACUGCAACGACGCUGGAGACCGUACGCGAUGGUGUUCUGCGGGAAAACCUCGCAGCUUCGCAGCUCAUAUAA